GAGAUUGUUUUAAGUUAUAAAAAUUUGUUGCGAUAGCAACUACCUACCUAAAACUAUCAAACUAUCAAUACGACUUUAGUUUUGCCAAAGAAAGUAUUUUCAUCCGAUUAGUUAACUCUUUUCUGAGAGCUAUAAAAAUAUGGCUUUUACAUUUAAAUCAAACUAUCCUCAAAUUGCGAGAGAAUCAGGCUUUAGACUUCGUCAAUAUAAAGAUGGCCCGCUUGAUUGGCGAUUGGUAGGCACGAUGGAAGUGGAUAGAAUUCUUCGUGAGCAACAAUUCGAACACAUCGAUGCCAUUCUUCUUCACCUCUCAGAAGCACCAUUGGCAUCUAUGUUAGACAGCAACGUUUUAGAUAGCGGUGUUGCAAAAUAUUUCACACUUUCACAGCUUGGUCUGCAAUACAUGAUUUUCUGUCGAAAAUUUCUUGAUGAAUCUGUGAGAACUCUUCGCCAUGAUUUAACUAAGCUAGAAACUCAAAAUCUUAGUUUGAGAACAAUAAAUCAAGAGCAAACAAGUAAUAUUUUACAACUUCACAAAAAACUAAGUCAAGUAGAAGCUAUUCAUGAAAUUGUGUUUCCCUGCCAUGUUUGUACAAAAAAUUUCGUCAGCAACGAAGCUUUAAACAUUCAUCUGAGUAAAAAGCAUUUAAAAAUACCAAGUCCAUCAACUGACGUUCAAGGAAAAAAUAAAGAUCAAACAUUAAUCGAUACGAUAAAAUUGGAAUUGGAAAUUAAGCAGUUGAAAGAGCGUCUUAAUGUAGCAGAGAAAAAUAUUCGACAAACAAGUGAAAUUAAGAAAAGCUCUCCAGCUGUAGAAACAACCAAAUCGAAUUCAGGUACUCAGGUAGAUAUCAAAAUUCGAAGUGUUGGAAUUCAAGCAAAUAUUGAAGAAACAAAAAACGUUUACACGUUAGCGUCAGAGUCAAAAGAUGCUGGUAUUCAAUGCAAUUUGAUUGAAACAAAAGAAUCAGACACUAAUGAAGACUACCAAAUAAGUUCUAAAGAUAUGUCUGCUUCAAAUCAUUAUGAAAAACACAUCGAUGAUGAUAAUAGAGUUGAUAUUCUUUUUGACAUUCGUGAAAAAGUAUCAAACUUAGAAACCUUCCAACAAACGUACAGCGAUGGUAAUCAACAAUCAAUAAAUGAUAUAAAGUUAAAACUAAGUGAGAUAACAAAGUUUAUUGAAACCCAAAUAAAACAAAAUGCGGAAAAUAUGGCAAAAGAUUCCAGUAUGUCAAAUAAUACUCCUUCUCAAAUAUUGCCUACAACGUCUAUAGAUCAAUUACAUGAAAUGUUAUCAAAGAUGUUCCUCGAAGUUUCUAAACAAAAUUUCGAAAGUACUAACCGAAUUAUUACAAACAUAGAAAAAAACUAUGAACAAAAAUUAUCUACACUCGAAGUAGAGAAGCAAGAUCGAAAAGUACAUAAGACACUUCCAACACCAGACAUUCAAUUCCCUAAGAAAAUUGAUUCCGUUAAAAAAUUUAACGAUAAUGUAUUCUCUUCACGGUCUAGUCGAACUUCCAGUAGUAUUAAGGCAAAAAAAAAAUGCCGUUCAAGUAGUGCUAAAAGUUAUAGCUGUAGUUCCACAGAUGUCUCUUUAGAAGAAUCUAAUCAUUCCUUUCCAUCAAAAAGAAAUCCAGCUUUAGAUAAUACGAAUAUUAUUCAUGAGCUUGAAAGUAAACUGGAUAUUUAUGGCCUCAAUAUUGAAUCCAAAAGCAUAUCGGCAAUAAAAGCAAUAGACAUUUCAAAUAACCUAUUGGAACAGAGAAAUGCUCUUCAAUCGAAAUACCCAACUUUUUACAAAACUCGUAAAAGAUUAAACAAAUUGGUCGAGCUAAUAAUAUCGGAAAAAAAUACCUUUCCCGACAGGCCAGAAGAACGUGAACAAAAUAACGACGUCGGUAGAGCUAAGCAAACAAAAAAAAGUAAAAUAAUAAUAGACGGCAGCGUUGUAUCCGAUAGACGUAUGGAAAGGAUUUUAAAGUCGCCAUUAAAGAAGCCAACGAGCUACGUUUCGCCUAAUAACAAAGAUGUAAUGAAUCCCGUCCCUUUGCCAAGAAAGCAUGUUAUGUUUAAUACUGAAAAGAAACAAAAUUAAAUUGUUUAAACAAAAUAUAAAUAAAAAAUGCACUUAAAUACUUACUUACAUCUAAAAGUAAAUAAAGAGUAUAACUAGUUUUUCAAACUUAAA